AUGACUAUUAUCGGUAAUUUAUCUAAAUUUGGCAGAAUCUCAGAUACAAUGAGUGACGGAUCCAUCUUGGGAGCAACUAGCGUAGACCCUAUUAAGUUUUCUGAUAACGCUAUUUCCAAUUGGGGUGGUGGCAGCGGCGGCGGUGGUGGUGGUGAUUGGGGUAGCGGCGGCGGUGGCAGCGGUGGUGGCAGUGGUGGUGGUAGUGGUGGUGGUGGCCGUGGACCAAUCAUUAUUAUCAUUAAUAAUAGAAGACGUCAAUAA